CAGUUUUUCUCAAACUUAGGAUGACUCUCCGCAGCCUGACGAAAAACGAAAUUUCACCAAGUGUGUCCAACGCUCCAGGUUUUCUGCCAAUCUAAAAAUGGCUGCUUAGUGGGUUUGUUCGUUCUCCGAAGUGACCAGCUAUCCAUUAUUUGGUUAUUAUGUCAUUAUCACGUCCUUUUCGCAAUUUAGCAAGGACACAUCAUGAAGUGCAAGGUGAAUGAAUCUCCAAGUAGUGGCUUAGGGAGACCUCGAACCAGCUUAAUUUCAGCUGUUCAUGCUUCUUCAAGGAAUAAAAUUAACAACAAUGAUGUCAGUGCAGUCCGAAGGUCAUCUAGGCGGGCUACGAUUGAGCGCCGCAUUUGGGCAGUGCCGAAGAAGGGGAAUAAAUUCAGUGGUACUACUACAACUCAAAGUGCCAAAAAGAAGGAAAAUAUUCAGAGUAAGAGAGACAGAAAACACUGUAGCAAUGAUAAGAUAGAGGUGAAAAGUAAUAAUAAAAAUAAAGGCUCCAGUGGAACUAAACGUGGUGUCAGCCCCUCAGGGGAAUCAGAACAACCAAGAAAAAAAGCAAAGAAAAAAUUGCCAGGGGAAGUUGUAAAGCCUGCCAGUAAAACUGAAUCUUCUGAGGCAAUAGACAAGACACACACGGAAGAGCAGAGUGAUAAACAUUUCCAUAAUCUUGACGAAACCGUUUCAAACGAAGGCAGUUCCUCAAUUGAGUCUAGUUGUACAAAAGUCACUUUAGAAUGUGAAACCAUGGAAAAUGCCAGUCAAGAAACAUUUCCUGAUGGGGAUGAAAGGACGAGAGGAUUGGAUGGUCUAGAUGAUGAAAAGGUUGACUUAGCUGAUGCUUCUGAAGGAAUAAAUACUGACAGUAAAUGUGAUAUAGGAAAGGAGGAAACAUUGUGUAUAGACGAUAUUUGUUUACAUAAGGCUGUCAUUGUGGAAGUAGUGUCAGAUUAUGGUAGAUCUGAUGUCAAGGAAACCUAUUCUACAGAUUUAGGCCGUGAAGGAUGAAUUUCUGAAAAGGUGGUAAGUCAUAAGGUACUUGAAGUGGAUGGUGACAUAGGUAAAGAUAGACAUAAAAUUGAUAAAAGUAAUAGUAGUAGUCUUGAUUCCUCAUCACCAAAGGAUUUUUGGCUUGAUAGUAAAAGAGAUUCUGUUGGAUCUUUGUUAUCUGAUAUGGAUAAGUACCCAAUUCGACCAGAAAAGUCUAGGAAAUGUUUGAAUGUGGAACCUAAAUGGACAAGUGUCAUCAGCAGUGGAAUCAAAGGUGAAGGUGAAAAUUUUAAAGUGUCUCUAACCACAGGUGUGAAAGCUGCUUCCAUUCUUGAUAGUUGUUCUGUAAAGUCUAUGCACAAGCCAUCAUUUGAUGAAGGUUCAGAUAAUAGCUCCAUUGAAGGGCCUUCAGGCCUUUGCGAAAUGCGUAAAAAAGUUGACGCUGAUAAAGAUACUAGGAGUGGAAGUUCCCUUUGUGUCUUCUCAGAACCUAAGCCUCAUGUAAAGAACAGUCCAGUCACGAAAAGCAAAGACAGCUUUUCAAAAGCAAAUAGGAAGGAUAUAAUUUUGAAUGGUGAUGCUUUAAAGACUGAAAAUAAAGUAAAAUGUGACACUUUAAAGGUUGAAAGUAAAGUAAAAUGUGACACUUUAAAGGUUGAAAGUAAAGUAAAAUGUGACCUACAGUCCAUAGAAUUGGGAGUUUUGACAGACAGUGAUACAGUACAAAAUGGGUUUAGCAAAAAACCUGUUUUAUCAGAGAAACAGAAUGUAAAACUCACAGGUGAUAAACUGGGACAUUCUUAUAGUAUUUUAGUGGAUGUAGGUGAUACUAAAGUUGCAGAAAAACAGCCUUUGAAUUUACAACAAAUUAACAGUGGCUUUGAUCCUGGAGGUGUACAUAGAACAGAAUUGCACUUGAAAGACACUAAGCAGGUGCUCAGUGACACUGAAAUCAGUGCAGGUUCCCCUGCACAUGUAAAUUGUAAGAAUUCUGAUAAGAAAACAGUCAAAGAUAGUGUAACCAUUUUAACAAAACCUGUUGGUAAAACCUGCAAAACAUUGGAAGUGAGAGAGGGUGAAUUCAGAGAAGAGUACAAUGACAAAAUCAUUGGAACCGGAAAGUCUAGUGGAAUUUGUGGCAGUGAUAGUGUGCAUGAAGGUGAAAAUGCAUGCAUUCCAGAAUUGGACUCUAGUUGUAAAACAGGUGAUAGUUUAAAGGUUUGCAGUCAAACCAAGAGUUGUCUUGUCCCACUGGAGUUAGAUGUAUCUGAUAUGGAAGUUGGUGAGGAAGGCCACGUAUCACUGAGUGUAGCUCUUGCUCAGUUAGUUAACGCAGGCUCACCCGGUGAAGCUGAUGGUGCUGAAACUCUUACUAUUCACUCUGCUGCUGCUCUAACGCAAGUCAGUGAAGAAAGAAAGGAAGUGGUCUCUGAAGAAAGGAAGGAAACACUUGCUGAAGAAAGAAAGGAAAUGGUAACUGAAGAGAGACGGGAAGUGCUGACAGAAGAAAAAAAGGAGGUUGUUGAAGAAAUAGAGAGCGAUACUGAAGAUCAAGGGAAAAGGGAGCUUGUUAAUGAAGAGGAAAUUGAAGAGGAUGAAGGCAAACUUUUCAUUAAAGAGGAUGAAGAAGAGGAAAUUGUUAAACUGGAGGAUGACCCAGAAGCAGAGACUGAAUGCCAGAAAGAAGAGAGAGAAGCUGUAGAGCGUGUGAACCAGCUAGCCCGGGAUGCAGUAGAUCCUGAGGAAGGAGACCUUGUGGGAAGUGAGGAAACUCCUCAUGAUUCUUCUGUAGAGAAAACCACAAAGGUUGAAGGGGAAGUGCAGCCACUAAAUUUACAAAAACCAAAGAAACAGAUUCCACCACUUAUCAAGAUUAGUACUCGACCUCCAACCAUCAAAACCCCUCUCAAGUGUCCCGAGUGCCCAAUGCAGUUUUGUACUGUGCGGUCCCUCUUUUGGCAUUUUGGGCUCCAUGGAGCAAGAUCACAAGAUAUGUCCCUGCCUCCCAUUUUGCUGCAAGAUCUUCUGGUGCCGUGGGACAAAGCUUCAACGUCACGCUUUCUGUCACAAGCACAGGAGCUGCUUGAUAAAGCGGAAAAGUCACUGCAGGGUCAAGAAAUAGACAAAGUAAGUGAUGCAGAGAAAGUUCUGGCUGGGAUGGGCACUCAUGAUAUUGUGCCUCCCUUAAUAUUUACUUCAGCAGCCUCAGUGUCCCAUAUUACAUCAACAGCAUCUGUAUCUCAGUCGUCAUCAUCAUCAUCAUGUGAUAUGAAUACAAGCAUUGAUAGGUUUGUCGAAAAGGAUCGGACCCCUCCAUUACUGUCUUCACGACAUGAUGACAAUUCAGGAAGUAAUGUAGAUGUUAUUUUAAAGAUUCCUAUACCAAGGCUUAAACGUAAACUUCAAGCCUUGCCACCUGUGAAAAUGGACAACAAAUUUGUUAAUAUUCUUCCAAAAUUGCCGAAUAAAAAACUCCCCAUAAGUCGUUCUGUACAAGCCAAUCAUCAGUCUAGUUUGCUUGGGCAAAGUAGUUCACCUCCACCUCAGGUUACCAUGCAACCAAGUUCUUCUCUGGAUAUGGUGACUGUAACUCCACAACCACCUAUAAUCCCCAAGAUAACAGUGAUACCGAAUUCCAAUUCUCAGGUCCACAUACAGCCUUUGUCAUCAUCAGGAAGUUUGAUGCCAUCACAGUCAGUCAACAAAUCACAGCCAGUUGUUUCCAGCCAGUCUCUUUUAUCAUCACAAUCUUUGAUGUCAAGUAACCAUUUGGCAUCAUCCUCACAGUUAGGGUUGUCUCUUCCAGGUACAACUAAUAAUAAGAACUCUUCAACAGCUACUCAUAUCACACUGAUACCAAUGGAUAACAUCCCUGCUGUUAGUCACAGUCACCAGGGAUCCAAAUCUAAUUCCACUUCAGUGCGAAUGAUUGCACCAUCGCAGGUUUCUCCACCAAAAGUAUCUAAUCCUCUUGAUGGAGUUGUAGAAAAAGAUGGGUUAGUAAUGAUCAAUUCCAAUCUUGCUCUGAGAAUAGUUUCCUCUCUACCCACCACACUCGACACAACAACCACUACAACGAAUACAACCACUAUUCAUCCCAUUACCAAUCCUUCUCUAAAUAACUUGACAAUAUUACCCCAAGUUGAUGGAGGAAAGAGCCAUACUUCUCUUAGGGAAACUGUCAAGAGCCCUGACAUUUUAACUAUAGUACCUCAGGUAGAUUUGAGCAAAAGAUUGUCUCUACUUAAAAAUACAUCAUCUGUAUCCAGUACGCCUACUACAAGUUGCACAACUACUACCACAACUGCAGGUUCCCAGGUGGUUAAAUUGUACUUACUACAGUCAAAAGAGUCUACUCUGAACGUUCCCAAACUAAAGAUACCUGAUGCUUUUAAAAACCUUAAUGGUGUGGAAUUUAAACCGCUUAGCAUAGUAAACAGUAAAGAAAAGGAAAUCAUGGAUGAAGAAGAUACAAAAGAUGAAUGUUCAUCCAGUGACGAAGGUAAUGAAAGGAGUAUGGUAAUUGCAGAUAUCAAGGAAGAGGUUGAAGAGGAUUUAAUGGACCCUCUUAGUUUGUGUGCUGUGACCAUGGAAGAUGAACACUUAGAGUUGUCAAAUCAUGCCAGUUCUCUUAGUCAGUCAAGUGUUUCCAUAUCCACUGUGGACAGUGACAAGGCACAAACUGAUAAGACAGAAUUAAAGCGUCGGGGAAAGACAGUUAAGUUGGACAUUGUAAAGUAUGAGGCACGAAAAUAUGUUUGUUGCUUUUGCAAUCGUAGGUUUGGCUGGUCUACAGAUCUUAAGCGUCAUGUGAUUCUUCACACAGGCGAAAGACCUUUCCAGUGUAAAGUUUGUCCUACUGCUUUCACAAGAAAAUUUCUUUUGCAGAAUCACAUGAAGCGAAUGCAUCCUGACAAAUGUAAAAUGUCAGAUCUUUGGCCAUAGUGAGUCUUGGCCUCCUUAAACUUUUCAUAGGUAAACCUGUGAGAAUUAAAAAUGCAGUUGUUUAACUAUUGAAACUGUGUUGGUUGGUGCUAUCAAAAGGCAUUAUGUCGUUAUAAGUUGCAGACCUAUUAGUGAAAAUAAUUAUACCUAGUCACCAGUGUUUAGAAUAUCAGUUUUAUUUUUUAUGUUGUCCUUUGAAAUCUGUAUUCUAUCUUCCAGGUAAAUAUUUUAACCACCAAUUGUACAUAAAGUCAUGAUUAAUGCCAUUCACAUCAUCAGUAGUCAAUAUUUGCAUGCAGUAUCAUUAUUAACUAUGUGAUUUAUUCAGAAAAUCAAUGUAAACUGAUUAUCAAAGGUCAUCAGGUAUUUAGGAAGAAUUUAUUGCUAAACUUAAUCUAAUUUGCUGUCACACUUGUCAUUUGUUUUCUGAUUUUAGCUGUGCUCCCCUCCUUAAUGUAGUUUGAGAGCUUGGUGAAUCCCCUUGAUUUGUUAAUUUCCCAACAUGUCCGUAAGAGUAUGUGAGUAAAUGAAGUAUUAAAAGGAAUUCUGAAGAGUUACAUCGAUUUGAAAUAUUUUCUAGAUAAAGAAAAGAAACCAAUUUUUUAGUCAAGUGUUAAGUUUAUUCCCUUUUAUUCCAUCUUUUUGUAUACACCAUUUGUGCUUGAUCAUCUUAAAACAUUAGUUAUCCAGACUUUAACUUUUGUGAUAUGUAUAACUUUGUGUAUGUUUGUAUGUGUUUACAUGCUUGCAGUGUUAAUGCACUGUUAUGGGCACUCUUUAAAGGAUUAUAAAGUGAUCUUGAUUCUUCAGUUUUUCUACAGGUGAACUGGCCUAGCUGUUUAUGAGUUAAAAGUAUGUACAGAAGAGCAUUCUGUAUUCGCUCAUUAUCCAGAAAUCGAUGUCUCCUCAUGCCAUUCCAUUCUCUGAUAAUUCUUCAGUUGUCAAUCCUUUGGCAAGAGUACCGGAAGCUUUUUCUUUUUUUGUGUAUGUUCACAUGUUUGAUUUCACAGUUACUUCAUUUGGUUAUUGGUUGAUACAAGUAGGUUGAGACAUGUUUAUUCUUAGUUUAUGACUUAAUGUACGUAGGACUAGUUGAAAGGUUAGGUAUUAAAUUGUUUCAAAAUUCAAGGAAUCAUACAGUUUUUCCCAUUCUUAUGCACAUGAGAGACAAAACAAUUUUAUAUUAUUGUAUUGAUAAAUGUUUGGCUACACAUUUUUGUAUCGGGAUAGUGACGUGCAGAUGUUUUUCCAUGAAAAGAAAUAACCCUUCCCUCUAGGUGGCAUUAGUAACUGACAUACCUCAAAACUUAAUUGUUGAGGGCAUUUGUUUUUAUAGUGAUUAUCAACUAGGGAAGCCACACAGAGCCGCAGUCAGUCUUCAGAGGAAAAUUUGGUUUAUUGGAGUAAUUCAAAUUAUUUUUAUUUUAUUAAUAAUAUUUUGUCAUUUUUAUGUUAUAGUAGUUUGAAUACGAGCAGUUGGCAAAUCAGAUACCCAUUGGUAAAAAAUAAGAUUUGGCAUUUUUCACAGAAAAUUAACAUCAGUUUUUAUGAUAACAGUUUAUGUUAAUCUGAGCGAAUAUUUAUUUAGUAAUGUAAACUAAUGAAAACUCGAGUUCAUAAUGUCAGUGAUGUGUUUAAACAUUGAAGAUGGUUAAGAUUCACUGUCACUGAAGUGUAUGCAUUGAUAUCUGGAGUGAAAGUGUAACAUAUAGUAUUUUAACAAACAUUUUUGUAAUACUUGGUAGACUACCUGAAAUUCAGUUGUUAAAGAAUUCAAGCAUAGAAAAUUAUAUCAUUUUCACUUGGGGAACGGCACAUAAAGCUAUUUGGGUUGUGUAGUAGCGCACAGGAGUUACGUUGUUGAACCAUUUGAUAUCUGCAGGUGAGGAAGGUUCUUCCAGAACAUGUCUUAUGGUAGAAUGUGUUUUGGCUUGCUGCUUAUGAGCUUGGAGAUAUUUAUGAAAUUUUGUCUACAAAUUUAUUACUCAUGUAUUUGGAUAAUGUCUCAAGACAUGUCCAGUCAUAUUUUAGGCCUUGGCUAGUUGGUAAGGCCAUAUAUGUACACAUUUUUCUACUUUUAAGUGUUGUAUAUUCUUGAAUUUUUUGUUGCCGGUUAUGACUACCUGGUAACAUUAGAGACUUGGAUCUCAAGCCAAUGAGCAGUAAAUCAGAACCUUAUUGCCAGUCAACUGUUGUGGAGAAGCUUUCUUCAGUAGCUUGAUACUCCCACAUAAAUGGCUAUUUUGGCUAAUGUAAAUAAAGGGUUUGUUGUGAAACAAUUGUAAUUUUGAAACAAAUUAUUUUUUCAUCGUAAACCAUUCAUUAACACCCUGCCUCCCAACCCUGCUGAAUCCUCACAGCAGUAACUUUGAUAAUGCAAACACAGGUUCUUUCCCACUUAGAACCCUAGGAUCUUUGAAAUUGCACAUGCAGUGUUUCCAUCUUUUGAAUGCUGAUACAUAAUGUGUUUAGGAUUUUGGAAGGCCAGAAAUGUUUGAUAAUACAAAUGAUGGAUGUGUAUUGAUAAAAUUAGUUUUGUUUUUAAUCUAUUUCUUAGAAAUUUAUUGUAGUGGAGGAAGUUUAAAUUUUUUAAGUCAAUGUGAUGACAUUUUACCAAAUCUCAACAGAUAGCAUAAAAAAAAUUAUGAUUAAAAUUGCUAUUUUAACUAAGAUACUGUACAGGCGGUCCCCAGUUUAUGGCAGUUCCAUUCCGACGGUUUGGUAAACGAAAAUCAGCUAUUUAUGCCGUUGAUAACUACAUUUUGACACUGAUAACGGGUUAAUGGCACCUCUGUUAGGCAUGUAUCGGCACCAUCACUCUUUGGUGCUGAAAAUCUGACUUUUUGGCACUAGAUAAGCACUAUUAAAUCAAAUUGCCGAUAACCAAGUCUCCCAAUAUCUGGGGAGUGGCUGUAAUGGGAGUAAAAGUAUGAAAGACAUUCCAUUGGUUAUCUUUGUAUCUAAAGUUGGGUUUGUAAAUUAUAAAUAAGAGAAAUUGGAAGCCUUGAUCACAAGGGUAUGAUACAUACUACUACUUAAUGCUUUAGAAUUUUGGGUAACAGUCCUAAUUGGUACUAGAACUUGAAACAAUUCUAAAAUACACCUGAAUUCAAGCGACUUCUCAGUAAAUACAUAUGUUUGACACUUAAGUCCCUAUAUCUGCUUUUUCAGUUUUGAACUAUCAGAAAGUAUUGGAAGAAUGGCCCCUAUGAAGUACAGUAUUUACAUUAACAAAGCAUUAACUAGCACUCCUAGUAAUAUCCAACUUUAACAUCAUUGUCAUUGUUUACCUCAGAUUUUGCCCCCGUAAGGUUAGACACGAAUGAGUUCACUCCACCAUCUUCCUCUCUUCCUACCUGGAAAUCCAUCUUAAGGUUAAGUUUUCAUCCUUGCCAUUUCUGUGCUAUUUUCUGGGUAUUGAUACCUUUUUUUACCUCUGCUUCAUCCAUAUCUCUUUCUUUUUUCUUUUACCCUCAUACUUGUCCAUUGGGUUUCCAAGUGGUCAUCUUUUUAUUUAUUUCUACAGAGUUUAUUGGCAGUAAGUAAAAUUUAAAGUUCUACAAGCUUUAUUUAUAUAUUUUUAAAUAUAAUUGGUUUUGGACAUUCAAGUUUGCAUAAUGGUAAAGAAUGUUAUGAUGUAUCCAUUAAGAAAUCCUCAUACUAAAGUCUUCAAAUGGAGGAACAAGUCCACAGUUAUGUAAAUGUAUAUAUAUUUAAAUUUAAAACUGCAAGGAUAGCUUUUGGGAAUCUGUUUGGUUCCCCUUAUUGAUUGAUAAGGGGAACCGAACAGAUUCCCGUAAGCUAUCCUUGCAGUUUUAGAUUUAAAUGUAUGUACAUUUACAUAACUGGAUUUAUUUCUCCAAUGUAUCCAUUAUUAUUCAGUUCAUGAACAUUGCAAUUAUAACAAUAUUUUGUCUGGUAACAUACAGCUUUUCUGGAAAUAUCACUUUUAGUAUCUUCAGAAUAUCUGAAUAAACUGUCCAGUUGGGCAACAGUUUACUUAUUUUCUUAAAACAAAAAUACACCAAAAAUCUAGCAAUGCAGCACAGGGGUUGUUUCUUUGGUACUUGAAAAUUUAAGUAACAGCUCCAGCAUGGCAGGAGUUUGUAACCUUGCUUUAAUGAAAGAUAUUGUAUAGAAACUAAUAUAGGUGAGUUUUAUUCUUAGCUGUCAUGCAAACUGUGUGCAAUAUCUAACAUAUUAAUGGGUCAAUCUUACAUUCUUUGCUGUUUAGCUAAUCUAAAAUUGCUGUUUAACACUAUGGAGGUAGUGUGCAAUAGUUUGUGCAAUAUGACUCAAAAUGGUUAUUUUGAAACUGGCUUUCCUCCUAAAAUUGUUUUAUUGUCUUGUAUUGUAGAACACAAUAAUAGAAAUAUUAUUUAUCGUUGCUUUGCAACAGGAUUUACUAGUAGGUAUCAGCAGUAGUAUAAUAUCCAAAUAAAGUAGCAAGUUUUAACAUUUACAUUAUAGUGUAUCUUGAAAUACUCCUAAACAUAACAUACCCUUUAUGUCAGCCCAGUCAAUCAUGAUAAAAGGCAAUAGGAUAUAGAAAUGUUAAAUAUCCAGGUCCAAAACCUUUUAAACUUCCAUUAAAUAGUUGUAACUGAAAAAAAUAGUUGUAACUCAAAUUUUGUACUUAAAUUUUCAUUAUUUAUGUUUAUUUCCCAAGUUGAUGUUUGAAAUAGAUGUUUAUAGUGGCACCUCAACUUAGCGGUCGGCUGGGGAUCUGGCCCUUCUACGAAAUAACGAAAUCAAUAAAGUAAUCAAAACGGCCAUACACAUGUAGGAUACCCCAGCGCUAACUCACAUAGCGUGUAGUGUAGUGCAUUUCCAUGUAAGGUUCUUAAUAGACUAAUUAAUCAGUAUUUUGUAAUUCUUUUUUAGAUUAAAAUAUUAAAAUAUUGAUGUACUUUUCCAAAUUCAGAGAUAAAUUUGCAGAAUGAAUUCUUAUUAAAAUACUUAUGAUUACAAGAUAUGUAAAGCUAUAUAAAAUCCUUCACUGUAAUUGGAAAAAUGUUGCUUUUUAAUAAAUAUACAUAACCCCAAAUCCUUUAUGAAAAAUAUACGGAGAGAGAGAGGAGGGGGGGCGGGAGCAGACACAUUGUAAACCAGUAUGAAGUUUAUCCUAACAUCAUGCAUAUACCUUUAACACAUGCAAACUGUAAAAUGUUUGACACACAUUAUUGUACUGUGGAUCCCCCGUAUUCGUAUGGGAUGUGUACUAGACCCUGCCGCGAAUAGCUAGAAUCAACGUAUAAUUGGAACCCCUAUAAAAACACUUAAAACUGUCUAUUUUGUUAGUUAAAACUCAAGAAAAGCUCACUAAAAAUGCUUAUGUCUGGUUUUUAAUAGUUUUAUUACAAAAAAUGCUUUUGAUGAUGAAAUUGAUUAGGUAAUACAGUAAUGUGGAUGAUAUGUCCUGCGAAUGACACCCGUAGAGCAAUCCGCGAAUACACGAGUCUGCGAAUACUUGGGUUUCACUGUAUUAUGUUAGUAUACACAUAUUACUGUACUGCAUUGAAUAAUGUCAAUAAAAAUAAUCUGUGAGAAAGAGAGAGAGAGAAAGGGUGGGCCCACGGUAAAGGGUUUAUUGGUUCCUAGUGUUAAGCAUCACAAGCACAGCCUUGGAAGCACUGGUCAGUGUGUAUGUGUGUGUUUGCUCGUUCACCAUCCACCCCCACGGGCACAAACAGGAAAGCCUUAGUCACAUGCAUGCUUCAUUCAUUCACUGUUGAUAUCUCAAAGAGUACAUAGUGGUUUAUCCACUAGAGAAGAGACCGUUACAUAUUGGAUUUCUCCAGUAUGUUGUAUAAAUUAAUUUUAUAUCUAUUGGACGAGGACUAGUUAGUUAAGGAAUGAAAUUGCUAAGUUGACGUGCUACUAAUUCUUGCCUUCAAUUUAGAGUUUGGUUUUAUGACAAUCUGAGGAAUCUCUCUUAAGUUAUUAAAUGAUUAUGUAAUCUUUAACAAAUAUAUAUGUUCAGUGCAAACCCACAAUACCUUUUAAUGUUGAAACAAAUGUACCAUAGAAAAUUAAUGCAUUUUUUAUAAAAACUUUUUUAUUCAGAUUUAUUUGUGAAAUAUACUACCUAAUAGUAUUUUGGGGACAAAUUAUAAAUGCACGUUUAUAUUGGUAAAAAAAUGUUUUUAAACAUACAGAAUGCAAAUCCAUUCUCAAACGAAAGUGCCAAUGUAUUGAAUGAAAGGUGAGUGUAGCCAAAGUUUGGUAUCUAAUAUUUGCUUAUAUUUCAUUCUUUAGAACCACCAGGUUUUGUGUAGUAUUUUAGUAUUUUGAAAUAAUGAUCAACAAAUUUGACUUCUACCCAUAAGAUUGGCUUAGAUGCCUGAUUCACAAGACAAAUUUGCGGUUCUAGAAAAAUAACUUGUGAUUUAAAUAAUUUCAAUAACGGAGAUGUUUAUGUAGCUUCAUAACUUGGAAAGCAAAUUUGGUUUGAAGUUUUGUUUUAACUUCUUCCAUUAGUGAAAAAUGUGAAGAAUAAUUGUUGAUGGAAGACCUAGGAUAAAUUAUUUUAGAUAUUGCAAUAAAGUAUUAAUGAUUUUAAACGUACAUUAUGAGAGAGACAGGAAAUUCGGAUUACAAAUUUAUCAUUUUUUUAGGGAAAACUGUAAUGAUUAUGGCAAGAUGUGACAGCACAUUAGUUCUUUUAAUUUUAGUCAUUUUACAUGUUUACAGCCAAUUAUAUGCUGUUGUUAUUAAUUAAUACCUGUACAGAAUGUGGUUCAUAUUUUUUUUUAACUAUGGUGUACUGGUAAAUUUUCUCAAUGGUAGGAUGGAUUUAGAUUUUGUUUAGUUUUCAUACGUAUACAUUAAUUAUUAAUUAUCUCUGGGAAAAGCUUGAUAAUGCAUUCAGUAGAGAUUUUAGAUAUUUACAUGAAAUUAGCCUGAAUUUUUUUGGGAAAGUAAGAUUGUAAUAAUGAAGCUUUUUUCAAAGUAGAAAAAUUAUGGUAAUUUAUGUAUUGUUAAGGAAUGAAAUGACCUUGCUGAACCUGUGAUAUUGAAAUGCAAAAUCUCUUAAGCAUGCCAGAGCAUGGACAAAAUAUAAAAGCUUUUGGACACAUUUGUGGCAAAACGUUAUUUUAAAUGACUAGCACUUAUUUUAUUUUAAUUAUUUGAACAUAUGAUACUGUAUUGUACUGGAAAUCAAAAGUUGCAAGAUGUAUUUAUCUUGUGACACCUAUUGUGAGGGAGUAUUUAUUUCAGAAGAGAUUUAAUUAAUUUUCCUAUUUUCUUGUAAUAUCAUUGGCCUAUGGUUGCACUUCAUCCUUGAUUUGCAGUAGGAUUUAUUUCGUCAGUGGUUUACAUAGUGCGUAAUGUUAUUGAAAUGCUUUGAUUACAGUCAUAUCAUUUUGUUAUAGAGGGUUUUCUCCACUCAGAAGGGAAUUUGUAUUAAAUUCUGUUGACAUAUUUACUGGAAGACAAAUCUUUUAUGCAUUAUAAUUAUUUCAGUAACACAUUUCAGAUUUAUUUAGAUAUCUUGUACAUAAAAUACCAUAAGUUUAUUUUGGUGCAUUUUCACUUUCUUUACUGUUCUAGCCAAAGAAAUGAUUGCCAUCAUAUUUGAUGCCCUGGAAUUUACCAGAUGUCAGGAAGAGUUCUUGAACCUGUUCAAGUACAAUACAGAAAUUAGUAUAGGUAAAGGAUUCUUUAUUCCAUAACAGAUUGUCAAGUGAGUCUUGUGUCUGUGUACCUACCAGGAAUACAGUACUUGUACUGAAUUGUAACCCAGAAGAAAGGGAAUAUACAACAUCUGUGUAUAACCAGUGGCAUAGCAAAAAAUAUAGCAAAUUUGAAUUUACAUAUUCAUGUACAUUAGUUUUUUACAUUUGACUUGGGAUUGUUGUUGCAACUGUCCUUUGUCUUGUGUAGGAUUUAGUUUUUUGUAUAUACAGAACAUAAGUCCGCUUUCAAAGAAAAGUGCCCGUUAUUAGAGUAAAAGACUAGUGUGGUCAAAGAAUACUGUGUUUAGUAUAUAAUGUUUGCUUUUAGUUAUUUUAUAGAACCACCAAGUUUUGUGUAGUUUUUUAUUAUUGAUGAACUCUGAUACCUGUCAAAUUUUGUGAUCUAUAUUUUGGUACGUGUUCUCACAUAUCUUGUACAGGAACACUAUGUAAAAUGUACAGUGCCAUGAAAUGAUGUUAGUCUGUAAUUUAAAGUUCCUGUUUCCAAGUCGAUAUUUAAAAGGGAAUUUUUUGUACAUAUGUAUAGAUACUAGAAGUGCUAGAAUCUUUUCAUUUAUAUUGUGUGGAAGAAUUUUUCUCAUGAUUUAGUUAAAUUAUAACCCAAUGUGUUGUAAGCUUCCUUUAGUUUUUAUCUAUUCCUUUAGUUGUCAUCUAGCUGUAUACAGCCUUUCCUACCUGUUUCUAUUUAUAGCACUAUAUAUAUAUAUCAUGUCAGAAUUGCAUGGGUAGCACACACCAUUUUUAUAAUUACAGUAUACACAACUACAGUCAAGAAUUGAAGUAUGCACGCCUUAGUUAGAUCAAGUUUGCGUCACUCUGAACGUCCUACCCACAUCAGAGGUUAAAGACUGAAGCGUCACAAGGUCUAAUGUGUGCGGUCUCUGACCCGCUAUCACCUCGUACCCGCAGGUGUCACCAGAUCUCACAGAUUCCUUGCUUUACAAUCUUUGAUUGUUUUAACCAGUUACCAACUGGCACUUCAAAAGUAAUCCUAUUGCUAAGACCUCAGGUUUGUUAGCUAUGAAAAAUACAAAUUGAUUUAAAAUUUGUCAUACUUUAGUCCCAUUUUCAGCAGAUGAAUUUUCAUGUGGGAUUUACAUGGAAUGUGCAGUUUUGUUGAUUUCAUAACUUAUACCAUCCAUAUAGUACUGAGCUUGAGUGUUUUCUCAGCAUAUCUGUAUGGCCUUUUAGAUACAUACGUUUAUUGCUCUGCCACCCCCACUAAUAUAAAUGUUUUCAACCAAGAGAGUAUCCCAAGCAUGUGUAUAUAUAUAUAUAACAGGACAGGCAAGGUAUGAGUAAUACUCUAGUUUGAGCAGUGGUCAUGUAAUUACAUCUUGAUUGGAGUAUUUAGGCAUUAAAGUUCAAAUUGAGGGCUUGUUGCUUUUUUGUAGUUCAUAUGGGCCCAACUGCUUACAGGUUAAAUUUUGUCAAGUUUCUCCUUCUCCCUUUAUAAGGGCAUUUAUCUCAUCAUAUUAGGCUCUGUGGUGAAAAAGACAAUAUUCAAUAAAUUUGCUGCAGUAUCCAUUAUUUGAGUGUAUCCCGAAUAAUUCAGAUUGCUACACUGCUGUUGUAAGAAUUCAUGCAGUUAGCUGGAGAGUCCAAACUAAACCCCAAAAAUGGUUUGUAUUAUCUAGAUAUGAAAUUGAAUAAAUUCAUAGUAGAUUGAAUAAUAUUGUGAUUAAAAGUGCACUUUUGAUUUUUAAAAAUUGCUGUGGAAGUGGAAGAAAGUAUUUAUUGAUGGUGUGCAAUAAUCAAAGAAUGUAAAGGAAGUAUCAGGAUUUCAGAGAAGUAAAAGGUCAAAUAUAAGUACCAAAAAGUGACCCCAUUUCAUUUGAGACUCCUUUUUGCAGAUCUAUUGUAUGUAGUCUGUUCAUCAAUUUUUAGAAUUGUGAAAUAAUGAUUUUCAUAUUCUCUGCCUAAGCAUCCCACAUAGGAAAAUGCACUUUGUUACUGUCCCACAAAGAAAUGGGGUUCAAGAAUCCAUUCUUCCAUGUUGGUUUUGUUUCCUGAAUUUUGUUAGUUUUAAAUGUCUGUUGGCUGAAUUAUAAAAUUCAGAGGUCAAACUGCUAACUGAGGCAAGUAUGCUUUGAAACCACAGAAUCUGCAAUGUCAUGAAAUCUAUAGAAGUGGUUGUCCAACUCCAAAGUGGAUAUGUUUAGGAGCUAUUGUUGCACUCACUAGUUUGUCUGUUAUUCUUGAUAUCUUGUCAUAAUAAAGCUGUAGCUAACAAAACACAAGAGUUACACCACCAGUGCUCCCUUUUUAUUUUUUCUGUUGUUAUUUUGGCCUGGCAGAACAUAGCAAAUCUACUUCCCAACUAAUUAUUAUGUAUCAGAGGAGAAAAUGAUUUUAAGUUCUUUUCUAUCUCCAAUUAAAAAGGAAUCAAUGUUUUUAUUGCCAGGAAUGACAGAAGUGUUCUGUUACACCUGUAGGUUAUUGUAACCUGAAGACCAUACAGUACAUACUUUUUAACUAGAUCUAAACUUGAUUGUUUUCAGGACAAAAAUGAAGCUAUCUAACAGUGUAUAUCUUUUAAUGAAAAUAAUUGCUAUCAAACCAUGUUGGCCUCUAACGCUAUAACUUUGUAAGUCGGUUACUGAAAGAUAGAAGCAUGCAUGACAUGUUAUACUUAGCUGAAAGUGAAAUGGUACAAGAUAAAAAAAAGGGCAUUUUUAUGAAAUCUAGUCUUGAGUGUGCUCCCUUUUUUUCUUUUCUUUUUUUAAAGUUUGAAUGAAUGAUUUCAGAAGUACAAAUACUAUAUAAAGUUCUUCAGAGCCACAUAGAAAGCAGUCUGUAAGCUGUAUUUUAAGUGUCAGGUUCAUCACUUAAAAAUGUUAAUAGUUUCCUGCUUUAUGCCAAAUUUAUAUACAGUAGUAACAAAUAUUGUAAUAUGUUGAAUGUAUCUGAGACUAAAAUAUUUUGUCAUUUUGUGUGUAAAUGUUUCAUCUUUUUUAUCACAGAUUUCUCUUGUGUAGUUUUGUCUAGACACCUUGUAUUUGUUAAAAUUACUACUCCUUAUUUGUGUGAACUUGUAAAUAUUGUGCAUUUGUCUGAGAGAGAAAGAGAGAGAGAGAAGCAGCAGGAGAAUUGUCUCUAUAAUGAAAACCCUAUCAUUGUU